AUGGCUAGUCGAUCGUCUUUCAAGAGCCAGAUUCCCAUAAGAGUGAAGAACUCGAAAGCAAUCACCAGACCAUACCAGAAGAGGCGCCUGUACCCUGACUCAAUCUCUCGAGCCCCGCCAUUCUCAUACGAUAGUGCCACUGACAUGGUACUUCCUCAAAACACGCAGCUCGAAGAAGAAGUCCGCAAUGUUGAGUUCUCCGAGCCUGAGGAGUCAUUGAAUGUUCCCGGUCCAACAGUAAAUUCUUUGCUCUCCGAGCCACAGUUCACGAAUGAGAUCUCUGAGCUCCUGUCCACUGUGCCCAAAGUUUCUCAACUAGAGCAUCUCGUGGAAGAAAGAAGAGCUCGACGAUCUACUACAUGCACAUUACUCAACACCAUCAUCCAGAGAAACGAAUCUCUUAUCAGAGAUAUCAAGAACGCUGAAUUUACCCUAUCGUUCCUCAACGAGAUUGCCGAAGAUAGAGUACCUCAUCAGCGUUGCAGUCAACGGGUAGUUAAGAAGAACUCCAGCCUUACCGAACAAGGAGAUCGACUUGUGAAUGCCAGCAACUCCGUUCUUACAUCGAACAACACCCUUAUUGCCGAGUUUCAAGUCAAUCUCAGAAACGACACGGAGUAUCAUGAGUCCGGAAGCAACAUAAAAGCACUGCAGAACAAGGACUUAUCGAAAGAGAACGAAGACCUUGUCUGCUUUUUAGUUCGUCUCACACCCCUUCUUAGUGCCCUCGAAAAUUUCAACGAUCGACUGAUCAAGCACCUGAAUGAACUUGAGAGCCACGUUAAAGCAGCAGAGGCAGCGAUGACAGAGCCUCCAAGGACAGACAGUUUAAGCAGCAAGGGCUUUUUGGGUAGACUAAAUUGUUUCCACUAG